GUCAAGCGCAGCCACUCCUAAAGCACCGGCGCUUUGCAGAGAUCCGCAGUCUCUGGGUUGAAACUUUGUUGGCGGUCCCUGAAUCUGGCAUGAAAUGCGCUCAAGUUGCGGAGUAUGAGUACAUGCCUUUGGCCUUUGCACAUUUAUUUUUGCCUUUCCUACCUGACCUUAUAUAUUGUCAUCAACUCCCAAAGUUACAAGGAUGUGGGAAUUCUGAUUGCUUGUGCUAAACGACGCAUGGAUUGAGAUGCUGAGAGGAUGGAGCUGAGCAAAAGAGAAGUGCCCCUAUAUGGGCAGGUGAAGGCCAGUGUGGUGCUGCAGACCCCAGAGCCUGACCCAGAGAAGGCUGAGUUCUACAUUGUGCUGGAGGGGUCUGCUCUGGGCUACAUCACUGCGGCUCAGAGAGAAGGGGAGGGAUGCGCCCUGCACUUCACUGUCCCUGGUCAUAACACCUUGGAGAUGGUCUCAGUCACAGUUUGCCUGUAUAUUGAUGGAGGGCCCGUUUCCUGUGUUGGCCGAACAUCUCUGGAGUACGUUCUGGAUGAUGCUCAGGAACUGGCAGACUUUUUGGUCUCCAACUCUCACUGCCUGAGGAUCAGUAGCUACCAGGACAUCCUCGGCAGGUUUGGACUGAGUGACGAAGCCACCCGCAGCAAGAUGGAUGAAAACGUCACAAAGGCCUUGGCCAACAUGGCUUUGCCAUGUACGUGGAAUGUCCUUGGAAGCCAGCCUGGUGAAGAACUCCAUCCCAGAGAAACUAUGCUCCACCUGGCUGUGCGUCUGGGCCUGCCUCGCCUCUCUGAGCUCCUCCUCUGUCAGCCUGGGGGUGUGACCGCCUUGGGCUUGUCCAAUGAGGAGGGCGACACGCCCCUGCAGCUGGCCAGACAGUCCGGAGAGCAGGCCAUGCUGGACUGCCUUACAACCCCUCCCAACUCGCCAGUCGUGCCCUGUGUCAGGAUGUCCCAGGUCUGGGCCAACAGCUCCAGUCUGCUGAGGUUUUGCCACAGCUCUGACACCCUGACACUGGUGUUUGGAAGGGGUUCAGAUCAGAACCACGAGUCCAACAUUCUUCUCUUAAGGAAACACCAAAGGGAUGAGAACUCACAGAGAGAGACCAAAGCACUUAAAAGAAGUGGACUGCUGAAUGAAUGUAAAAGGGAAGACAGUGAAGGAGACACAGAUAACAAAGAUCUGUGUAUGGACUUCUGUAGAGGGGACCAUGCGCUUGUAGAUAAUGUUUUUGAAGAGGAGCUUGUGCUGUCUCUUGAUGAGGAAGAGGAGGACGCUGCAGCAUUCCCUUCUGAGAAAAGUCAGACUGCUUCCUUUGGAAGGCGUCUGCCCAGGUCCACAUUCUCGGCUGCAGCCAGACUGUCCACCAUGCUGAACGGGAAGGACCAGAUCUACGCCAACAGCAUGCUGGUGGACCAGGUGACUGACAUGGACAUCAAGUACAGUAUCGCAGGGGUGACGGGCGACAGCACGCAGACGGAAAGCGGGGACCCAGCGGCCCAGUUGUGGGAGGCAGGGGUGCCCCGCGUACGCCUCUCCCCGCUCCAGGCAGAGGGAAGCGGGACAGGGGAAGAGUUUACCCCCACCUCCCAGUCCCCUGGGCGGUCCCCCGCUGACCUGGCGCUGGCGCGGCUCAUCCGAUCCUCCCGGACCAGCACGUCCGUUCAGGCGGCGAGCCCACCUCGGGAGUCCUGCACUCUGAGCCCUAGUCUGGUAGCUCUGGAGGUGGACAGUGAAGAGGAUGACCUUUUGGAAAAGUCGCCCCUCUCCCAGCACUCCACAUCGCCCCGGUCAGGGGGUGUCCUGCAGGCCAGCAGCGGGGAUGAGCGGGACUCCUUCAACACCUCCCCUGACCUCAGCGGCAGUCGCACACACUCCACCUCCUCCUCCUGCAGCCAGGCCCCCGCAAAGGAUUUGGCUGAUUCCGGAAUCCGCCUGCGGUCUUACUCCUAUUCUUCGCCCAAGAUCAGUCUGGUGCGCCCACGCUUUGCCCGCGACGCCGCCAUCUCUGACCUCAGCGAAGAUGGUGUGUUCGGCAGCAGCGGCCGCUCCCUCCUUCAGGCUCUCUCUCUGUCUAAAUCACUGUCUCUGCUCAAUCCAGUUAAGCAGCGUGCUUUCAGCUUGCCCGAACCUCCACAAGAGAAAAGGGAGCUAAGUUUCCGCAAAAGGGCGCAAUCAGCCGAGGAUGAGGGCAGCGUGGCGUUGGCAGACUCCCUUCAGCACCUCACCCUCUCCGAGUUUCUCAAAGAAAUUGAAGAAGAAGAGUGGGAUAGAUAUAUUAUCCCUUCCAAGGCAGAGUCUGAAAAGUAUAAAGUGAGCCGCACCUUCAGCUUCCUGAAAAGCAGGAUGUCCAGCACUCGUAACAAGAACAAGGGGAAGGGGAAGGAUAAAGAAGGGAAGGAGAAGACAAUGAACGGACACCAGUUCACGGCUGGCUCUGGCACAGCUCUGAUGCUGUGUAUAGUCUGUGACAAGCCAGCAGUGGCCAAGGACUUACUCCACUGCUCUAACUGCACCAUGCACGUUCAUAAAGGCUGCCGCGAUUCUGCCACGCCAUGUAUGAAGAAACUUCAGGACAAGUAUGCAGUGAUGACAAAGAGCAGGGCCGCAUCCCUCCCGCAGAGUACGACUGUGCGGGAGAGUCCCACAGGCUUUCCCAUCCCAACCUCCGCUUCCCUUCCUGUCAUGACGUCUCGGGAAAGGAGGGAGCAGGCAUGCCUCCCAAACUCCCUCUCCAAAAGCGUGCCUGCAGUCUCUGAACGGAGGUUCAGCGAGGGCCUGGGGGUGGACCCUGAAGCCAAUGUCUGGAGGAACCGCUCUCAUUCUGAGGAACUGCUGCAGGUGAUGGAGUCCUCACCCUCUACUGACUCCUCCAUCAAUGAAGACGCCGUGGACGCACCAUUGAGGAACGACCUCAGUGCUGAUUUCCUGGAUUACGAGGCGGAGUCCUGGAGCCUGGCCGUGGACGACAAGUUCUGCAAGAACCAGGAGAAGCGGGUGAUCAAAAGGCAGGAUGUGAUCUACGAGCUGAUGCAGACGGAGAUGCACCACAUCCAGACCCUGACCAUCAUGGCGGAGAUCUUCCGUAAGGGCAUGAAGGAGGAGCUGCUGCUAGACCAGGACACGGUGGACAAGGUCUUCCCCUGCCUGGACGAGCUCUUCGACUUCCACAAGAGCUUCUUCUGCAGCAUGAAGGAGCGCCGGCAGAGCUGCACCCAGGAGGACAACGACAGGAACUUCCUCAUCGACAGGAUCGGGGACAUCCUCGUGCAGCAGUUUUCCAAUGAAAAUGCAGAGAAGAUGAAGCAGGUGUAUGGGGAGUUCUGCAGUCACCACACAGAGGCUGUGAACUUCUUCAAGGAGCUCCAGCAGCAGAACAAGAAGUUCCAAGUCUUUAUCAAACAACAAAGUAAUAACUCUUUGGUCCGGAGGAGGGAGAUCCCAGAAUGCAUCUUGCUGGUGACACAGCGCAUCACUAAAUAUCCAGUGUUGCUGGAGAGGAUCCUGCAACACUCACAGGAGGGCACGGAGGAGCAUGCGGACCUCUCCCGAGCCUUGGUGCUGAUCCGGGACGUGAUCGCCGCCGUGGACCUGAGGGUCAGCGAGUACGAGAAGGAGCAGAAGCUGAUGGACAUCCUCAACCGCAUGGAGAACAAGAGCUUCGCCAAGCUGAAGAGCGGCCACACCUUCCGCAAGAAGGACCUGCUGAGCCGGGCCAGGACGCUGAAGCAUGAGGGCCUGGUGUACUGGAAGACAGCCACGGGGAGGCUGAAGGACAUACUGGCACUUCUCCUCACAGACACUUUGAUCUUCCUUCAAGAAAAAGACCAGAAAUAUAUAUUUGCUGCGGUGGACCAGAAGCCCCCGGUGAUCUCCCUGCAGAAGCUGAUCGUGAGGGAGGUAGCCAAUGAGGAGCGUGGGAUGUUCCUGAUCAGUGCGUCUGUGGCAGGCCCAGAGAUGUAUGAGGUUCACACCGCCUCCAAGGAAGAGCGCAACAGCUGGAUGAGGCUGAUCCGGGAGGCGGUGGAGAGCUGUCCUGAGGAAGAGGAGGAGAAUGCCAGCGAGUCAGAAGAGGACCGGCGAGCAGCUGAGGCCCGGGCCCAGAGGAUCCAGAAAGCACAGGAGACGCUGAACGUGCAAGAUCAGCAGAUCUGCUCCAGCCUGGAGGAGAAGCUGAAGAUCUACGCCCAGCUAGCGGGGCUGACCGGGAGGGAGGAGCCUACCCCUGAGCCCCGCCUACUGGUCCGGCCCAAUCCGGACGAGGUGCCCCAGGCCGCGGUGCUGCUCGCCGCGGCGCUCAGGGAAGCGGAGAAGCUCACCACCACUCUGACGUCACAGUCCUAUCCCUAUCCCUGCGUGUCCCAGGAGAGCCUUGGAGAGCCAAGUUCCCCUGUCAAACCCACCGACACUGGCAGCUUCAGCUCCGUUCAAGGGUCUCCUACUGACUCCAACUACUUGAAUACCCAAAGUUCGAGCUCAGCGGUGGUAACGUCAGACUUAGAGACCGGACAAGAGGAGCCGAUGGGGACUGAUGCUCUUAUGCUGGAAUCACUCACUGAGCUAAGAAGCGGAGAUGCCAGCAGUAUUAACCUGAAGGUGUUUCAGAGCGUGCAGAGCCUGACCCAGUUGCUCUACAGUCUGCAGGCGGCAGUGACCAUCCAGGACAGCUGCUACGAGGUGCAGCGGCUGCUCCUCCAGAAGAGCGAGCGGCAGCCUCGCCCGCCGUGCCCGCGCGCCAACGCCCUCCAGGAGCAGGAGAAGCAGCGCAACCUGGAGAAGCGGCGGGAGGAGCUGGCGGGCGUGCUCCGCCUGCAGGGCCAGCUGCGGCAGGAGCAGCAGCGCUGGGAGCGGGAGUGCGGCGCCCGGCAGCGCCAGCAGGGGGAGCUGGAGGGCCGGCUGGAGCGGCGCGAGCGCGAGUGCCGGCUGGAGGCGCAGCGGCUGCGGCGCGAGCGCGAGGAGCUGGACGGUCAGCUGCGCGAGUACCAGCAGAGCCUGGAGCGGCUGCGCGAGGGCCAGCGGCUGGUGGAGCGGGAGCGCCAGCGGCUGGAGACCCAGCAGAGGCUGCUGCAGAGCUGGAGGCACAGCCGGCAGAGGAGCCUGCCCGUCAUGAUGAUCCCGCUGGGCAGAACCCAGGACUCCAGUCAGGGUCGAUCCGGCAGCUUGGAGGAGGACGGGUCCGUUUACAUCAACGAGGCGGCGCUCCAGACAUCCCGGAACAACCGUCACCUUCACCAGCACCAGCACCACCGCUCCGGGUCGCUGGCGCUGUACCCCGACACGCCCAGUGCUCACAACAGCCUCAACGCCCUCAUGGCCCGCGGCGAGGGCAAGCAGCCGUCCCACCUCCUCCCAACGCAAAACCACAGCCGCCAGACGGGGACCUCCGCCCUCCCGCUCUCCGAGGACAUGGGAGGGAGAGCGGGCGGGCACGGAUGGGACCAAACAAAAAACGAUGUGAACACGCACGACUACAAACCCGACAAGUGGUCACUCGGAGCGGCAAUGAGCAGGGCGGAGUCCUAUCGGGGGUUCACCCAAUCUCCUGCCGGAAGCCCCCUCCUCCACCCUCAGACUUACAUCUCCAUGGAGACGGAGAACGGGGAAGAUGGGGGAGAGGAGAACAUCGUGUACCUCUGAGUCACAUCUUAAGGAGAGCGAAACCAGA